UUUAGUACAUAAUUUACACAAUAACAUACGGUGUUGUAGUUGAUUUAUGCUUGUGUGUGGUGUAUUGGAGAAGCGAGUUUGUGAUAUACGUUCAGGCAGGUGCCGCGUCACUCUCGGAGCGGAAGCUGUGCGUAAGAUGACGGUUCAUAACUUGUUCAUAUUUGACCGCAACGGCACCUGCCUUCAUUACAGCGAAUGGAACCGCAAGAAACAGGCGGGAAUCUCCAAGGAUGAGGAGUUUAAGUUGAUGUACGGAAUGCUGUUCUCCAUCCGAUCAUUCGUCAGUAAAAUGAGUCCACUGGACAUGAAAGAUGGAUUCAUGACGUUCCAGACCAGUCGUUAUAAACUGCAUUACUAUGAAACUCCGACGGGCAUCAAACUAGUGAUGAACACAGACCUCAGUGUUCCAAACUGUAGAGACACAUUACAGCAGAUAUACAGCACUUUGUAUGUGGAGUAUAUAGUGAGGAACCCGCUGUGUGUGUUGGGCGAGUCUCUACAGAGUGAUGUCUUCAACACUAAACUGGACUCGUUCAUAAGAGCUCUGCCAUUCUUCAGUGUGCGCACCGCGUGACACCUGCUCGUGUGGAUUCAAUGUUAUUGUGACGAUAAAAAUUAUGAUCGUAUAUUUAUAUUAAACAGCCUGUUUUAUUCAAUGUGUUAACUAGAGCUUGAAAGUGACCCACACAUCACAAAAUAAACCUUUUUGGAAU